AAUAAUAUAUGUUUCAUUUUUAUGAGGUAAAACUAUUGUGAUCAUUACUCGAAUCGUGCCUAAUAAAAAAAAAAAAAAAAGAUGUAUAAUACUACAUUCCAUUUCUAAAUUUUACACUUGCCUUAAUUUCCUUCUCCUCAAACUAAAGCACCAGAUCCUUCCUUCCUAAUAAACGAUUUUAUACAAAAUACAAAAGCCGGCCAACAGGAAAUUGAUUCCUAAGUAAGCAGUAUGAUAGCAGCUACCACUUCUUUCAGCAAAACGUUUUCAUAUUUAAUGCAAAUGAGAAAAAAAAUGGAUUUGCAUACAGGCCUUCUACAAAACAAUUAUCACAACGUGUAGUUUUAACAUUGUAUUACACAAUAGCAUGUCCUUGUAACACAGCUGCGGAUUCGUUUUUACUGUGCAUACGUUUGAAUGUAGCAAUAAGGGCACAUGGUUUCACAUGCCACAAACUGCUGGUUCUUUUUCCUGCUUUAAUAUAUCACUAGGUAACCCUUCAAGUGUACGUUUAACAGUACAUAACUUACUAAUCAAUCAUCUUAACUACGUGAUUUCCGUCUGGUAACGUCUCAUAUCGUUACAUUUCCCGUCCAUCUCGCCACUGGCUUCUCCAUCACUCUAUAUGUUGUGAUUUCGCCCAACAGAUCUUUGCGUUCUGUGAACACAUCCUGCUUUGGUGUCAGAUGAAAAAACAAAUAGAGAAAUAUAAAUGCAUAGACAUUUUUUUUUUUUUUAAGUAUAGGGAAAUGGGAGAAAAUGUAAGGAAAGAAAUACAUGUACAUAUAGAAAGGUAGAGGGCGCUCAUCACCUCCACCCUUAAAAAUAAGUCUCACACACACGGAUAUAUAUACAUAUUGGGGUGGGGGGGUGCUGAUAACGAAGACAGCAAAAGUGCACCCUGCGACUGUGGCUGUUAACACGGGUUUAAAGAUGAUUUGUAUAUUGUCAUGCAGAGGUUGGAAUGAACGGCUGCCCUUGCAACUGGUUUGAACUUGGUAACAUUGUAAAUUGGCGUGGGGGUUUUAGGCUAUGAUUUGCUGGAGGAGGAAUGAGCUGCCGAUGGGCUGGAAUGUGUGUCCUCCUUUGUACGCGCAUUGUGUAUUUAAACUAGCCCAAAACCGCACUUGCGCAUAAAUAUAAAGUACUACAUAUUUUAUUUAAAAAAAAAAUAAUGUUAUAAGCUUUAUUUUUAAUUUAUUUGUCUGCUUCGUUUGUUUUUAAAUUGCUUGAGAUCAAAUGCGGUAGGUAGGCUACUCUAGUGUACUGUGGGCAGAUAGUCUUUCAAAAUAAAUGUAAACAAAACCCCCAAACAAUUGCAAUUGUACUGAUGCAAUUCAUAAAUAAAAAAAAAAAAACUUCACGUUUGUGUGAUUCGUUAUAUUAUUGGAUACAGAGCUAGACAAAAAAAAAAAAAAAAAAAAGACGCGAUGGGGACGUGAAUUUGUAUCAUUUGUUUGAGGAAAAAAAAAAACACAACACUACUUCAGCUGGGCGUUUUGAGAGGAUGAGACGCGGUCACUAACAGCAGCGCAGCGCAUUUCAUCUGUGUAAGGAGUGGGCGAGCCGCCUAGUGCUGCAGAACUCCAUUCUUCCUGUCUGUGGAAAACCGGGCGUCUCAUGAGGAUGCGUCUCUGCCGGAAGCCUCUCUGUAUCCUGCUGCUGGCGGUGACGAUCCCUGUAGUGUUUCUGGUUCUCCUAGCCUGGACCCCGAAGCCUUAUAAUGCAGUGGACAUCCGGUACCAAGCCAGGGGAAAGUCAGAAAGCCAGGUGGAUAACGGACUGCGCUUGCUUUCACAGAAAUACACCCACGUGCCCUACACAAUCAAAGAAGAUGUAGUGAGGCUGCUUGCAAACAAUGCGUGCCAGUGUCACAAUGUAGACAGUCCGGUCAACCUGCCUUUCAUUCAGAAAUACCUCCCGCAUGUGUGGGCACAGAGCUUUGAAAAUGUCUAUAACGUGUCUGAGCUGGAGGGGGUGAAGAGGAGACGAUCACAGGAAUAUCAGAGAUUCAUAGAAAGGACGCAGUCUCCUGCAGACCUGCUCUUUGUUGCCAAAGCAAACAACCCCCUGGAGUACCCCACCCAGGGGGUCGAGGUGCGCCCUCUCCAAUCCAUCGUCAUACCAGGGUUAAGCUUACAAGCUUCCUUCAGAGAUGAAUACAGGGUCAACUUGUCGGCAACGCUGGGGACGUUUAAUCUGGCAGCUGAAGUCGAAGGGGUAAAGGUCCAAGGGGAAGGUGAAAUGCACCUUGCCCUGUCCAGCCCGCAACUCUCAAACCUGAACCGGCAGCUGGAGUUCAUAGUUUACACCAACACACGCUUUCACCCCAACACCGCAGAUACAGUGCUUCUCGAUACGGACGGACACCAGGCUUCCUUCACUAUAAAGGUGCGCUAUAGGGUCACUCCGAAGCUCUACAACUCUGGAUCUGAAGAAGGGUACAACGUCAGCGCCUUGGUGACAAUCGCCACCAAAACGUUCCUGCGCUACGACAAGCUGCGGGAUCUAAUAGAGAGCAUCCGCAAGUUCUACCCCACUGUCAACGUCGUCAUCGCGGACGACAGCGGCAAGCCGGAGAAGAUCCAGGGGCCCUUCAUUGAGCAUUACAUAAUGCCCUUCGGAAAGGGCUGGUUUGCUGGGAGGAAUCUGGCUGUAUCGCAGGUCACCACCAAGUAUGUGCUGUGGGUGGAUGAUGACUUCAUCUUCACUGCCAACACCAAGGUGGAGAAGCUGGUGGAGGUCCUGGAGAAGACCAGCCUGGACCUGGUAGGGGGCGCUGUGCGGGAGGUCACCGGCUACACCGCUACCUUCCGUCAGAAGAUCGGCGUGGAGUCUGGGGGGGAGGAGGGGGACUGCAUUCACGUCCGCAAGGGGUAUCACCACGACAUCCAGGGCUUCCCAAACUGUGUCAUCACUGACGGGGUCAUCAACUUCUUCCUGGCUCGCACCGACAAGGUGCAGCAGGUGGGCUUCGACCCCAGCCUGGCCAGGGCCGCACAUCUAGAGUUUUUCAUGGACGGCCUGGGAAAGCUCCAUGUGGGUUCUUGCAGUGAUGUCAUCAUCAGCCACGCCUCUAAGAUCAAGCUGCCCUGGACCAAGACAGACAGCGAAAAAACCUACGCCAAGUUCCGCUACCCCAGCAGCUCGGACAACGACGUGAAGGCCAAGCAAACCUUUUUCUACUUCAAGAACCGCCUCAAGUGCAUGACCAUGGACUAGGCACGUGGAAGCCAGAGGGUUUACCUUUCAUGAACGCUUCGAAAAAGAAAAGCGUUUUGCAUUUAUUUUUUUUUUGCUGGAAAGGAAAACUGGAAAUCUAAAAGAGGGAAGUUAUGUAGUAUCAUUUUGAGGUGGACUAACCUGUUCUGCGUGUGGUUUUUUUUUUGUUUUGAUCCAGUGCUGUCAUGACAAGAUUACAGAAUGGCUUGUUUGUCAGACUCUCAGGUGAUUUUCAGGUCCAAUGCUGUGUAUUAAUAUCAGCAAACUUGCAGCCGCCUAAGAGGAAGCAUACGAACAGAACGCCAAGAUGCUCUUUGAAUGCUGUGGUAUGAUGAUACAAUACUGUAUACCAUUGUUGAUUUUUAUUAUUUAAUUCAAUAUCGUCAAUGCAUUUUUAUUUGAGGCUGAUUGCUUCAGGACCCAGUCUUGCAGGAUGAGAAUUGUAAGGGUAAAAUGACUCUUCAAUUUAUACAAGAAAAAAAGAUACAAAGCAUAUUAAACCAUUACUGGAAAGUAAGGGUUAUAUGCUAUAUGAGCUACUAACCAGUAGCUUUACUAAGGAUACUAGCAUGCAGCCCUGAAUUUGUGCUUAAUUCCAAUGCCUGUACGAAUACUGCUGCAACAGCAGUAACAAUGAGAAUAUGCAAACUGUCCGUCUUCAUGGAGUGGCUCAGGUUGUUGUAUUAGCAGUUAAUCAUUUGAUCUCAGUUUGAAACCCUUAAGUAGCGAAUCCUGAAGUACUUAAGUGCCAAACUGUUUUAAUAAGCUUGACUACCCCCUUUGCCCGUGUAGCGAUUGCAGCUUUAUCAGGUGGUGGAUCUCCUGCAAGGAAGGAAGACUGGAAAUGGCAGGACAGGUACCUAAACCGACCCCAGUGGAAACAUUGCAGUGGAUUCUUGCAGUGAGCCUGUGCCAAAGCUGUGAUACCGAAUGGAUUCUUGCAGUGAGCCUGUGCCAAAGCUGUGAUACCGAAUGGAUUCUUGCGAUGAACCCAUGCCAAAGCUCUUAUUUCUGUUUAUGCACAUUUCUUUUAUACAUGGAAAGCUUGAAUUGAGUUUACCAAAUGUGUUUUUUUUUUUUUUUUUUGUGUAAUUUAAUGUACGUGGCCAGAGUUCUGCCUAGACUACAUGGAGGCUUAGCAACCCACUUCUUGUUUACUGAUGGACCCAGUUCAGUCCGACCCACGCUAAACCUGGGGAGUUUAGGAAGAAUCCUGGUGCCACUCUAGGGGGUUUGCUGAUACCGACGUUGUGAACUCGCAAUGAAUGGCUUUUUAAAACACUCCCGUGUGGACGUUUUAAUUGCCAUUGAUUGGUACUUGGUUGUAAAGGUGAAGGAAGGACAGCUUUUUCUUCUUUUGAAACAGACACAUUAAGGAAUACAUUUAUUUCCUAUCUGCGGAUUUUAAUUCUCAGCACACCCCUAGAUACUGUACAAUGAAACACUUGUAAUAUCUCUCUUAAAGGGACUGGGAUAAAGUGACAAUAAGUGGAGCUGACUUGAUCAAAGGACACUGACCCAGAAGCAGUGUUGAUAGAGGCUUGUUUUGCUAUGUAGCUCAAGAAAGGGCACAAAAUGUUGCAUUGAGUACAAUAGUGUACAUUGAUCCUGCUUAUUCUCAAUCAGUACAGUCUGUCAUACUGUACAUGUGCAACACAUUCGGCACGCUAUAUUGUCACAACGUGUCAGUACUGCACAGAGACUUUCUGAUCCUGUGUUUUCUUCAAGUGCUAUUAAGUGUAGUAGAAAUCUGUGUGACUGGCAGUAUCCGUCAGUUGUGUGUGCCCAUUGAUUCCCCUUCUUGUUUUGUUCUCUUUAUGAAUCUGUUCUAAUGCUUCUGUUUAAAAUGGGUUUUCAUAACUCUUGCAUGAACAAAAGAACUUGCAGUUUAAGUUAGCAAUGCCAUGUUCAUUUUUAAAGCAUAUUGUUCAGCAUUCACAUAUACUACUUGUAUGCCUUUUGCAUCAAUUUACAAACUGCUGUACAGUAAAACCUGUCUAUCCCAGCCCCUCUGCAAACCAGCAUACUCUAUAAUUCCACAUCGUUCUGGGGUCCCUAGUGAAACUAAUGGUGCGACCCUUUCUACAAUCCAGAACCUGUUUUGUUUUUUUUUGUCUGCCUAAAACCAAUGCAAAUUUGUGCAGUCUGGGCCCAAGUCGUGUCAUUUCUUUAAGCAACUGUGUUGUGUAAAUACGCACCUGUCCCUCAGGUGUGGUGCACUUCAACACUUACUUACUUUAAAGGGGAAGUAAAAUAUUUUAGAAAAACACAACCCUUGAAUUACAGGUUAUACCGGGACAGCUCUUGUACUGUGAUUCCAUUUUUCAAAGUGUUCAGAUGAAUUCAGCCUGUUUUUUCAGGUACAGUAUUAAAUUUUGCAAUACAGAGUAAACCAGCACGCUGUGUAAUCCACCACAAUUAAGUAUCCCCAAUAAACAGGUUUUACUGUCAGCUUUGCACCUGAUUUAUCCCUGACCAUGUUGCGUUUUUAGCUGUAUUUUUGAGAUCAUUUGUCGAAUUGUAAUUUGGUCUGAAAGCUCCAAAAUCAUUUUGUUGUAGCACAAUAAUUCCAUGUGGUGCAGUAUAUUAUGAAUGCCACAAGAGGGCGCUGUGGAAUAACUAUCGUCUCAGACCGGAUUUCAAAUCUUGCUGCACUCUUGCCUUGCACUUCAUUCAGAUAAUGCAUCGUCUUUGCAUUGAACACUUUCUUGGUUCAUCUGCUGUUCUUUCUGAAGUAUUUCUACUUGGCUGAAUGAAAAAGUUGCAUAUCAUUUGAACCUGAAUAGACAUGCAGCGUCUCUCUCGAGUUUUCCACUGGGUGUACCAGCUCUGUUUACAUUCGGAUCCAAAAUUGUGUCCAUUUUUGUGUCCAGUAGUUUCAAACCUAGAAGUAGAAAGAGUCCCCAGUAAGGGGUAGAAGCUAAUGUUUAUACCAUUUUUACAGAAUGGCUAAUGGCUUUUGAUACUCAGCACUUUAAUAUGACUGGAUUUUAAGUGUUUCUAUAAUGCAGAUCUCCGUACCUACAGUAUCUCCCUGUUCCUAGUUAACUAGACAGCUAGACUUGCUCUGUAGGGCUGGACAACUGCUCUGCCAAGUAGAAAGCAUUUACCACUUUUUUUUUUUAACCAACCUCUGUAUGCGAUUUAUGGAUCCUUGAUCCGCUUGUAACAAUGUGGUUCCUAUGCCUAGAACAUGCAUUAAAUGCCUAUGUGCUUUUUAGGAGGGGAGCAGCAUGCUGUAUGUGUUUGGAGCAGUGAAAUGCCAUUUUCUCAUUGGAUUGGAAUACAUGAAGAAUAAACCAGUACUUGUUCUAUACAGGAUGCCGUUCCCUGAGUAUACAGUGACUGUAGCAAGCACCCUGCAUGUAACGCACAAAGGGAAUGCGGCCGUGUGUUACCAUGUUUGGAGACCCACAUUAUGCUUUUUAUUUAUUUCUUUUUAUUCUUUUGUAAAUACUAAUUCACUUGUGUUUUGUUGGUUUUUAUUUUUUUCCCAGAGAGAGCCAAGGGAAGCCUUGCGGAUAAACUGUCUAGGUAUUUCUUUGAAAAUCAUAUGGAAAUAGGAUGUGUGUAUGUAUGUGUAAUUAUUUAUGUAUUAUAUAUGGUAAGACUUAGACAGCGGCCGCAAAUUCAUAAUGCAUUCCGUCUGAAUAUCUUCUGCACCUCCAGAGUUCGGAGUUAAUUUGUUUAGAAUUCAGCCCUGUUAAUUCAUCAUGAUUCCCCCUUUUCCCCUCCAUGCCUGCCUAAUGAAUUCGCUGUUUAUUCUUCACUUAUUCAUACACCUUUCACAUGUGAUCAACAGCAUUCGUUUCACAGGAACAUGGAAUGAAUACGGGUAAUUCAAUCCACAUGCAUGAACAGGGCUGGAUUCAAAACGAACUGCUUCGGAACUCGGAAGUGUGCAAGAUAUUCAAGUGGUAUUCAAACGGAAUUCAUUAUGAAUUUGCAGCCAUUAUUUGAAACUCUUCCUGUAUAUAUGAGUUGAGAGAUAUCCAAGCUGGGUCUAUUGAGAUUAGUAGGUGCUGACUUGUGAUAUAAAGAUGAGGGUAUGCAGUGCCCUGAAAGCCUGCGGGACUACAAUUCUGGUCUGAUUAUCACAAAACACUAUCAAAAGCAAACAGGACAACCAAAUUCUCUGAUGCAGUGAAGUAGGAAUAGUUUGGUGUUGCCAUGCAGGGUUCUAAAUUGUGCUAAAUUGUAAGUGUUUGUUAUUCUUCUGAGGUUGUUUUAUUUAUUCAGAUAGGUUGCUAUAAAAGCAAACAGCAUCCUUUUUGAUUACCAGAAUUUAAUUUUUAUACAAAUUUUAUUUAAAACAAUUUUCAACUGACAUAUAUAAAAAUAUGUUCAAAUAAGUUAUAAAAAUAAUGAAAUAGUUCUAGGAUGCAGUUUAAUUAUUGCUUCGCUAUCCUUUUACAAAGUACCAAACAACUGUGCUAAAUAUCACUGAUUUUGUUUUUGAGCACUGCAUGUUAAAUUGAAUAACUGCACACAGUGUCUGUUAUCUGGUAAGUUUUUUAAAAGCAGCUCUGAAGGGAGCUCUGCUAUAGUCCAGAUUUAAUUCUCGGGAUCGCCCCUCUCUCAGCGAAUAGUGCGGAAUUGCAAAAGGACUGUAGAAGAUUGAGUUUUAUAUGAAUGCCGAGCCUUGUUAUAUUAAUGAAACCAGCCUUGCGUUAAUGUUUAGUUAAGGUUAUUUGCUUAGCGUUCCCUAUACCUUUUAUAACUGAGCUGUUUUAUUAUUUUUUUUGUUGCUGGGGGAAGACACAGUCCUGUAUCAUGCAUGUUUCUGCACAUGUUGGUAUUGAGUUGUGAUGGACCAGGGACAUUUUCAUGUGCAUUUUGGUUCACUGUGUGAAUAAUCAUUGUACUGUACAUUUCACACUGCUCUGUAGAUUUCAUCAGUUUAUACAAAAGGCAUUUAUUGAAAAUAAAACUUUCUUUUGUACCA